AUGGCAACAUCAUUAAGUGAACGAUGUGACAUGAAUACGAAACAACGUUAUUCUGAUAUCGAUGGUGAACCCAUGAGACUGUUUGAUCCAAUCGAAGGUUAUCAGAAGUUACCGUUGUUGUCAUUAGAAAAGUCUGUCGAAUCACUCUCGGAUCUGAUUGAUGAUUUACCAAGACGAGUUUGGAUGGCAAAAGAAAACUGUCAAGAACGAAGCGAUAGUUUAACAGAAGAUGAAGCUGCUGCUAUUUGCUUAUAUACUAUGCAAUGGAAGUCGAGGCAUCGAAGUCUCUAUUAUCAACUAAAUGAAACAUUACGUUCAAAAGAGAGGGCCCAACUCAUCGACGUUUGGCUGCCCUACUUGAAACUUGUUCUCACGGCUUUAUACAAGUCUGAGCGUCGAACGUAUGAAGGACAAUAA